AUGACCAGUGGGACAGCAAACAGUGAUAUUGUUAGAAGCCAUUUAUGUCCUUUAUAAAUCUCUCCUUCUGCCCACCAAAUUCUAAUUAACAUCCAAUAAAAUGCUACUUACCAUACAUCCAACAAACAUAGGAUCAAAAACUACCCCCUCCCCAAAUUGUGAAACUUUGCUUUUUGUCUAUAUCCAAAGCAGAACAAGGAAAAACUAUCCUCAUUUGUCUUGGGAGGCCAUACCAACAUUGGAUGCUGCUAUCAUAAGUUUUCAACCUGCCACAACCACAGUGCUGCUUCAGGAGCUGCUUAGAACAUGUUGUUGCUGCCCUUCGGAAGAACAGCAUGCAUCAACGUAACCAAGGCUCUUGUGAAUAACAGGGAUCGUGAGUUGGUCAUACUAUUUUGGGCUUUAGUGGAAGAUUAUUUGAUUGCCUCUUGUGACGUGAGCUUUCUUCAUCCACCAGUUUUUACGAUCAUCCUUUCUAGGAAAAACUGAAAAAGACAACAACAAUAAUUCCACAUCUUCCUUUCCAUUUUCCCUCCCCCCCCCAUUCCCGCAGAUCCCAAGCUCCUUAAAUGUUAGGAGAUCCUUGGGGGAACGGAUCUCGGCACCUUGUUGAAACCUUGGGUGUCAGUGGGAGCUCUGCCAUAACUUUUGGUUGGUUGGUUUUGAAAGUACCAUGGCCUUGAGUGGAAACUGCAGAACGUACCUCCCUCCUAGAGAACAAGCAACUGCUGCACAACCCUUCCCAGAGGUGAUAGAGCUGAACGUGGGGGGCCAGGUUUACUUCACUCGCCUCUCCACCUUAACAGGCCUUCCGCACUCCCUGCUGUGGAAAAUGUUCACUUCCAAAAGAGAGACAGCCAAUGACCUGGCCAAAGAUUCCAAGGGAAGGAUUUUCAUUGAUCGAGAUGGAUUCCUAUUCCGUUACAUUCUGGACUAUCUCAGGGACAAGCAGGUGGUCCUGCCCGAUCAUUUUCCAGAGCGAGGAAGGCUGAAGAGGGAAGCCGAGUACUUUCAGCUCCCAGAUUUGGUCAAACUUCUGACGCCCGAUGAGAUCAGGCAAAGCCCUGAUGAUUAUUGCCAUAGUGACUAUGAGGAGGUUUCCCAAAGCAGUGACACAAGAAUAUGUGCCCCUUCAUCUCUCAUGGCCUCGGAGAAAAAGUGGGGCUUCGUUACCAUUGGCUACAGAGGUUCAUGCCCCGUGGGCAGGGAGACCCAAGCAGAUGCCAAAUUCAGAAGAGUCCCGAGGAUUUUGGUUUGUGGCAGGAUUGCUCUCGUCAAAGAAGUUUUUGGAGAAAGUUUGAAUGAAAGCAGAGACCCGGACCGAGCUCCUGAUAGAUACACCUCUAGGUUCUACCUGAAGUUCAGGCACCUGGAACGGGCUUUUGAUAUGUUGUCAGAAUGUGGAUUCCACAUGGUAGCCUGCAAUUCCUCUGUGACGGCUUCUUUUGUCAAUCAGUAUACUGAUGAUAAAGUGUGGUCCAGCUACACAGAAUAUGUCUUUUAUCGUGAACCAUCCCGAUGGUCAUCCUCACACUGUGACUGCUGUUGCAAAAAUGGCAAAGGUGAUAAAGAAGGUGAAAGUGGCACAUCCUGCAAUGAACUCUCCACCUCUAGCUGUGACAGCCAAUCAGAAGCCAGCUCCCCUCAAGAGACUGUCAUCUGUGGCCCAGUCACUCGCCAAUCCAAUAUACAGACUCUGGAUCGACCAAUCAAGAAAGGCCCCGUGCAGCUCCUUCAGCAGUCUGAAAUCCGGAGGAAAAGUGACCUGCUCCGAACUCUAACUUCUGGCUCUAGAGAAUCCAACUCUAGCAAAAAAAAAGCAGCAAAAGAAAAGCUCUCCAUUGAGGAAGAAUUAGAAAAAUGCAUCCAGGAUUUCCUCAAAAUCAAAAUACCAGACAGGUUUCCAGAACGAAAACAUCCCUGGCAAUCUGAACUUUUACGGAAAUAUCAUCUAUAGGAAUGGGGUUACGCCAAGGGAAAUCACCUGUGCAUCUUUAGAAAUAGGAUGAUGGGAAAGAAUAAUAAUAACCUAAGUCACACAUAAAGAACCCAUUGCUAUGUCCUGCCUAAUUUGCCUAUUUCACCAAAGCAAUUCUAGUUUCAUGUAAACAAUGAGAUAGGAGGAAUAACAAUGCACUCAUUUGUUAGGCUGUUAACAUACAUCAAAUGCUUGCAGUGCUAUCUGCACAUUGAAAUCAAAUGCUAAAGAUCAUUUACACUAUGAUUUAUGACAGCACCAAUCAAUUAGAGAGGUAAAAAUCUAAAAUAAGGCAGAAUCCUGGCAGGUGGUAAUUUUUUUUAAGCUGCAUGCACUCCUGAAAUCUUUUCAAAACAUUAUUUAUCCACAGCCAGGAUAGGCAGAGGCCAAGAAUUCUGAAAUUAAGAAACUGUCGUUCCAGUUUACAAUAGGAGACACUAUGUAUACUUGUCUGUCUCUCUGCCACUGUUUUUACCUUUUAACUGUGCUUUCUCUGAAAAAUAUUGCCUACAAUCCUUUGGUGACCAAUUUAUCUUGGGCUCUUCUUCUUCUUGAUGGCUGAUUUGUUCUUUUGGAUAUUUUAAUUUUUGUAUGUGUGAAAGCAGUCUGUGGUUGCUACCUGGGGAUACUUCUGAAUUUGCUUUGUCUGCAUACCAUGAACAUCUCUGGGUACAGGAGUCUGUCAGCUUAGAAACAUCUGAAAUCCAGCUGCAGGCAGGUGAUCACAAUUAUGUUUCCUUGUUGAAGGUCAUGCUCAGCCUUUGGUCUUUUGGAAUAGGAACGGGGAGAACCAGACCAAAUUGGAUUUCUUUAUAUUUAAAUAAAAUCAUGUAUAGUUAAUACGAUGUCCCCUUCCUCGAGUACUUACUAAUUUCCCUUUUUCUCACAUUCAAAAUUAUCAUUAAAGUUUAAAGAGACCACCUAUGGCCUUCUGCUGGAUGCUUCUGCACUCAGUUGAAAUGGGCAUGCAAAAAUGGGAUAUUUAUGUGCAACUGUAAUGAGGUUUUUUUUUCCUGUUUUGCCUUUAGCUGUUUUUCUACAAGCUCAGAUCAAAAUUGAGAAAUUCAGAGAAGUUUAAAACUCAGUUGGGAAUCAUCGGGGGCAAUGGCUGACAAGAAAUUGGUGGGAAUUCUAGAAUAUAUACAGACAUGAUCUAUGCGUUUUCUGAAUUGCCAGCUUGUUUUUGCUAGCCUUGGUCCUGUUUUAUAAUAGAAAGUGAAUAUGCAUACAGAAAUUAAGCAGGAGAUCUUUUAAUCUCCUACUCAUAUGCGUAUCAGGUAGAGAUAAAAGAGUGGCGCACCUUGUGCCCAAUAAUUGUACUUUAUUGAUUUGCUUCAGUGGCUAACAUCUCUAUAAAUUGUAGGCUCUUUUGACUAGCUAUGUUUCCUUUCAACAAAGGCUUCUCAUAUAUUCUAUAUAUAAGGGUGAUUUAAAAAAAAAAAUGAAGAAGAAGGCAGACUACUGAAUAGAAGGAUGUGGAUUAUUUUCCUUCUCUUUCUGGAGCAAGUAUCAGUAUGAUUUAUAUAAAUUUGUCAGGCCUUGCAGUUAAAAAAAAAAAACAAAACUAAAGUGGGAAAUGCAGGCUCUCAGUUCCCUUCAAAACAGAUGUCAUUAGAAAAAAAUCACAGGCCUAACAUUACAAGGUGCAUUUUUGCAUUGUGGUCUGCAGGAAAUUGAUUGUCCCAGUGACAGACAACAUACCACUCUGGCUGCCUUCAUCUGAAGACGAAAUUAAAGAUUGAAAAGAGUCCACAUGCACUCAGCUAAUGGAAGCAGCCUGCUUGGCACUCUAGAAAUUCCCUUGAAGGAGACAAAAGUUCAUUAAUGAGCAUCUUCUGCAUCCAGAGCAUUUAAUGAAGGAGAGGAAGGUACUAAUCAUGUUUCUUUUGUGGGAGUGGGUGUGAUUUUAGGAAGAAAUUCCUCUAUAAGAACAGGGUUGAAAGCUCAAACAUAUAGCUGACUCUCAUCUAAUUUCCAAAGUAGCAAUUUCUUCAUGGAAAUUUAAAUGGUAUUAUAUGGGUGCAGAUGCCUGUUAUUUUGUCUGCUCAUCAAUACUUUUGUGACACAAAUACAGUUUUGAAUAAUAAUCCUGAUAGGAUUAGAUACAUAUGUAGUCCUUCUUUCCUUAAACCAAUGAAAUCCAUCAAAUGUAAAUUAUCCCAUGGACUUGAAUAGAUUUAUUUUUUAGAUUGUUUGUUCUGGUAAUUGUUGCUAUUAGCUACUUUAUCCCAGAUUUGUUCAAAAAAGCUGACACUAUCAAGUAAGAAUAUGAUAAUUCCCUACUUCUGUGGUAAACCAAUAAGUUUCAUGACUAAUGGGGAUCUGAAUUUACUUUCCACAUUCUAGGGAAACCCCAUUUGAGCUCUGUCAUAAAUUAAGUCUCUCUUUCUCUCUCCUUGUAAUUUUGUGGAAGCAAUAUUUAGCAUUAACAACAUUUUUAACAACAUGUUAAAGAAGCUAUUCAUACCAGAGAUAUAUAUUGAUUUAAUUAACUGGGGGAUACUUGGAUUAAAGUGAGUUAAGUCUAGGCAUUCUGGAAACCACUUUCUCUCUGUCUCUGUCUGUCUCUGUCUCUGUCUAUCUGUCUGUCUGUCUGUCUCUCUCUCUCUUGCAAAUCUGUCUGGAAAGUCUAAGAUAUAAUUAUGCUUUGGACAAUAUCUUCCAUCAUAUAAAGAAAUGGUUUUCUAUAGAAUGUCUACAAUGCUAAUUUAAACUAUAUAGAUUUAUAAAUUAUUUUGAGCAGGGCUUAAACCAUGUCUCCUGGCUUUAUAAGUAUAAUUUUUCUUCCACAGUUUGGCAAGUAAAUUAUUGAUGAAGGGAAAAUUGUGAGAGACUCUGAAAGGAUAAUUAGCUAGGUCAAACAUGCCUUUUACUCAAAUAUAUAGUAGUAGCUUUUCUGCAUAUAGAACACAGCUGUAUUCUAUAGCUGGUACACUAACAGUGGCAAACCUACUGGAAACUAAAUCCCAUUGAGUUCAGUGUUAUGUUUGUCCAGGUAAAUGUCUAAAAGACAGUGCUUCUAGGAGCAGCUAAACUGAACAGCUUUUUCUUGUGAGCCAUCUCAACUUCUCUUGCACAACAUGCAGGUGCACUCAUGAAUGCAUACACAGAUAUAAAAAUGUUGCAAAGUGGAAAAAUGCUACCAUGAUUUAAUACCAUCAAGUUACAUCUAAAUAUUAUAGUAAAGAUUAUAUGGUUCUUCCAUCUCCCUCUAUCCUUUGGUAAGUUGGGAGAUGAGGACUGGCCACACAAAGGAAGAUUUGAAUUUGUGUCUCAUAAUCUAACACUUUUAUGCAAAGAUGGAGACAUUGCUGAUCUCUGGAUGUUGCUGAUCUAAGGCUGUCAGCAUUUUCUGUUGUUAGCUAUACUGGAUAGGGUAUUAGGGACUGUAGUUCUACAAUACUUCUACUUCUUCAAUAGUACAUUAUACCAUCUACAUUGGAUCACUCACCAUUGUUGGAAUGGUGUUCUUAUUAUUGUUUUUUUUUUUUUUCAUUAGUGCUAUUUUGGCUGAAGGUUCUUACAUACAUAUUUGCAAGCUUCGGGGUCUGCACCAUUGGGGGAUUCUAUUAUAUGAAUCUGCCCAAUUAAUAAAGGACUUAAGCUAAGCUAAUGUUAGCAUUUUUUAGCCAUGUCUAAUAGAGUAACAUUAGGAUAAAAGGCAUGCCAGGAAAGUUUGUCGUGAUAUCAAUAUGAUAGGGAAAAAUAAUGCAUCAUAACAUACCUGGCCUCAUUAUUUAAGAAUGCAGUUUAUAUAUUAUUUUAUCAGAGAAGAAAGAAUGCAGCCAAUGUAUAGCAACACAGGAAAAAUUCAGAUGUGCAGCACAUGCACACACACAUUUUCAGCUUACAAAUUAAAAAAAAAAUCCUUUAAAAUGUAAAGGUAUUCAAAUUUAAAGUGGAAAUGGGAGCAAUUAAAAAACUAAAAUCAUCAAUACACUGAUAUUCACCAUUUGGGUUGGGGGCAUACGUGAAAUAGAUAAAUGAAAUGCUAAGUUUUCAAAAGCUUACAUUCCGCAUCUCCCCCCCCCCCAAGUGUGGACUCAAACUGGCUCACAAAAUCAAUGACAACAUAAACAGCAAGCAAGAAUAAGAAAUAAAUUGCUUAAAAAUAAGCAUAUGGAAGUCCUGAAAGCUAUGAAAAGAAAUCGAUAAAGGUUAGUUUGCAAAUGGAAAGAGGGCAGUUGAAUUGUCCCAAAACAGUAGCCAGGAACAAGAGUCCCAAACCUUUAGUAACAAACUGAGAUUUGACAUCUACAUAUUCAUGUUCCAUAUUUGCCUCGUUAAUAUUUGAGCUUAAGAGGUCAUUAAGAAGUUUGGACUGAGGAGGGGCAGUAUUGGAUUUCCCCCUCUAAUUAAUCUUGACUGCUGGGAUAUGAGGUCAAAGUAGCAAACUGUGCCCUUGUCUUAAUGAUCAAUGUUCAAACCCACAGGAGACUUCUAAUGAAGUCUAUAAACAAAAUCUUGUAAUGGAAUAAAUCUAAUUGACUGCUAUGGGGUUUGGACCUAUCCACAGGCAUUUAGGCAAACUUAGAGUUGCCUGGUCUAAAGCAUUUUUCUCUUCAAAAAGAACAGUCUCUGUAAAUUGCAAGUCUGUUCUACUCCUAAUGCCAUUGUUUCUACCUCUAGCUAUACAAAUAACAGUAACAACAAUAAUAAUACAUCAUAGAGAGAAUAAGAACUUAAAGCCCAAACUUAGUGAAAGAAAUAUCAUUGAGGCAAUUAAAACCUGAGCAAUUCUAGCCAUUAGAUACACAGUUGGAAUAGUGAGCUGGACUCAAGCAGAACUAAAAGCCCUGAAUACGAAGACCAGAAAGAUAAUCACAAUGAACCGUGCCUUCAUCCAUCAGUAAUAUUGACAGAUUAGUUUUCAAUGGAUAGAAAUUAAUCAAUGAGAGAACCAACCUAAGGAAAAAUUUCCUAACAGUGAGAACAAUCAACCAGUGGAACAGCUUGCCUUCAGAAGUUGUGGCGGCUUCAAUCACUGGAGGUUUUUAAGAAGAGAUGGGACAACCAUUUGUCAGAAAUGAUAUAGGUAUAGGUAAUGGUAUAGGUCCUCUCCCCUUCCAACUCUGUUAUUCUGAUUCUAUUUGCUAAGGAAAACAGGUGGGUAUGGAAUGUUGCAAGUGCACCGGACAGUUGAAGAAAAAGAAAAAAAGAGCAUUGUAAAAUAUCUGAAGGAAAGUGAAAAAGAUGCACCAAAGUUAGUAUACUGUGAAGGCUUACUGAGUACCGGAGAGACCAAUCUGCCCUAAAAGAAAGACCAAAUGAAGAAUGGAAAAGAGACAUGGCAAGAAAAAGUAUUACAUGGCCAAUAUAUUAAAAAGCUAGCAGGCCAAGCAAAUAAUAAUAAUGGCUAAGAGCAGGAAAAUUAAGUUAAUUGCUGCAAAACAUCACACUGAUGGACUACAAACAAUAGCAAGACAAAGUAGCAAUAAUGAUGCAUUGGAAAAUCUGCAAGAAAUAUAAUUUGCCUGCAAGCAAGAACUGGUGGGACCAGAAGACAGACAAUAUAGUAGAAAAAUAAGAAGCUAAAGUGCUUUGGGACUUUAGAAUUCAAGUACCUGACACAUAACACCCAGAAUUAACAGCUGUCAAUAAGAAAGAGGAAAAAAAAUCUGACUAGUGAACAUGGCAGUGCCUGGAGACAGCAGAAUAGAAAAAGAACUGAAUAAAAUUACAAAAAUUACAAAAUAUAAAGACCCACAAAUAGAAGUAGAAUG